UUUGAUGACACACAUAACGCCACUGAGCAGUUUGCCUCAGAGGAAGGAGAGUCAUGGGGAAGACAGGUGGAAGAGGCGACUUUGAAUGGGUCUACAAUGAACAGCCGCACACUUCAAGAAGAAAAGAAAUCCUGGCCAAAUAUCCAGAGAUUAAGUCUCUGAUGGGUCCGGACCCCCAGCUGAAGUGGGUGGUAUCAGGCAUGGUCCUGACCCAGCUCCUGGCCUGCUACCUGGUCCACGACCUCUCCUGGAAGUGGAUCUUCUUCUGGGCCUACGCCUUUGGGGGCUGCAUUAACCACUCCUUGACUUUGGCUAUCCACGACAUCUCUCACAAUGUGGCGUUUGGAAACAAGCUGGCUAAGUGGAACCGCUGGUUUGCCAUGUGGGCCAACCUGCCCAUCGGGGUGCCCUACUCUGCGUCCUUUAAGAAGUACCACAUCGACCACCACCGGUAUCUUGGUGGCGACCAGCUGGAUGUUGACAUCCCCACAGACAUUGAGGGAUGGUUCUUCUGCACCCCGGCCAGGAAGGUGGUCUGGCUCUUCCUCCAGCCCCUCUUCUACGCUAUUCGCCCGCUGUUGGUCAACCCUAAGCCCUUAGGUCAGCUGGAGAUCCUCAAUGCAACUGUUCAGCUCAUAGUAGACUUCAUUAUCUACUAUAUAUGGGGGGUGAAGCCUAUUGUUUACCUUAUCGCAGGUUCUGUGCUGUGUAUGGGCCUGCAUCCUAUCUCUGGACAUUUCAUAGCUGAGCAUUACAUGUUCCUGAAGGGACACGAGACAUAUUCCUACUAUGGACCACUGAACAUGAUCACCUUCAAUGUUGGGUAUCACAUGGAGCACCAUGACUUCCCGAGCAUACCUGGCAGUAAACUACCUCAGGUCAAGAAAAUUGCAGCAGAGUAUUACGACUUCCUGCCUCAACACACUUCCUGGAUCCGGGUAUUAUGGGACUUUGUGUUUGAUGACAGCAUCGGCCCAUACGCCAGAAUUAAACGGCAGUACAAGAUAAACAAGCAGGGAUGAAUCUGUGACAUUAUGUUUCCCUUAGUUUGCACAGAAAUGUGAAUUUCAGUUGUUUAAUAUAUGACUAUGAGCAAUAUAAAAUAUUAUUAUAUUCUGUUGUUUUCUUUCCACGUGUAGUGUGGUUGUCACUGUACUGUAUGAAAACAUCCUGAAUCAGUCCUGUGCUUCAGUUACUAUUUAGUGAGUGAUUGUGAAUAUUCCUGUUGCAUACAUGUGCAGCGCAUGGAAUCUGAAGACAAUUCAGAUCGAGGUUUUUUACCCCACUAUUUAUAAAUGCUUCUAUUCUGGCUAAAAGAACUUAAUGUCAUUAAACUGUGAUGACAUUUCCUUGCGUCCAGAAGGCACUGAAAAGGGCAGAAUAAGAUAUUAAAAUGGUAAUUUCUAUAGGAUAAGGGUCACAUACAUUCUCAGGUUUCACAGAGAUGGCACUAACUCUGUUUCCUUUCCCUGCCAACAAGCAUUAUUGUACGCGCUCUGAUUCUUUUAUAUGUGAGAAUUAACAAGGCUCUAGCAGCCUCUCAGAUGAUCUAAUAUAUAAUUUCACAUUAUUGAUGCAGAAGAGUGCUCAGGUGGAAAAUAGGCAUUGAAACUUACCUUUGGGUAAGAAGAGCCUUUUCUUCAGUGACUGUGAACGGUUUGAUAACAUCUUUAUGAAGUGGACAGAGUAACAGAAACAGCUUUGAUGCAAAGGACAUUACAGUUUGAAUCUCCGUUUGUUUUGGGUCAUUUUGAAACUGUCGAGUGCUGAUUUAACUCGGUGGAGAUUUCAUUUUGCUCAGCAGGUUGCCAGUAAGUCUUUUUUUGUGAUGCUUGUCCUCCAUAAAUCACAGCAAAACAACACUUGAUCCAAUUUAAACAUCUCAAGCUUCAUUAGCAUUAGAACUAUAGUGUUUCUGUUAUUUUGUCUACUUAAUCUUUUGUACAAUUUAAUGAUUGUGUGUGACUGAUAAGUGUGAUCUUUGAUGUUUAUAUUUAAAAUGUCUGCACUAUAUAUAAAAAUAGUAAAAUAUCUACAAGAUCAUGUAUGAUUCCAAGGUUGAUUUUCAAUCAUGUAUGUUUUGUGGUAACCAGAUGUGACUUUUAAUUACAUUUGGAUUAAAAGAUGAAUGAAAUAUUCCCUAGAGAUUUAAACCAUGAGGAUUUCCCGCACAAAACACAAGGGAACACAGAGCAGGAUAACUCGUAAAAGGCUGACACAUCUAUUGUUUUUGUUUGAAUGAAUUUACUUUCAGCUUUUAAAUCAGAACGUAGUUGAGAGCGGACAGAGUGGAUAGAAUGCAACAACCAAUAUUCAACCAAAUCCUUCCUUCAAAGACACAUUUAGCUACCAUCACAUAGGCCUAUUCACUUUCUGCACAUUCUUAUCUAGGUUAGAUUUGCAUAUCGCAAGAGCAACCCCUCCUUAUUAUUUUCACAUUGCUACCAUUAUGAAGUUCAACAUCUCGUAUAUAGGAAGGGGAAUCUUCAUGGAAACAAACCACUCCAAUAAAUGUACCACCCUUUGUAUUUUUUGUUGUUUUCCAAACCAAAUAAAAAACUGAAUUCA